CUGCGCUCAGACCAUCAUGGCGUCUCCCAGUGGGAAGGGAUCCUGGACGCCCGAGGCUCCUGGCUUCGGGCCGCGCGCGCUAGCUCGAGACCUGGUGGACUCGGUGGACGACGCAGAGGGGCUGUACGUGGCGGUUGAGCGGUGUCCGCUGUGCAACACCACUCGCCGGCGGCUGACUUGUGCCAAGUGCAUCCAGAGCGGUGAUUUCGUCUAUUUCGACGGCCGCGACAAGGAGAGGUUUGUUGACAAGAAGGAAAGGCUGAACCAGCUCAAGAGCAAGCAAGAGGAGUUUCAGAAGGAAGUACUAAAAGCUAUGGAAGGAAAACAGCUAACAGAUCAGUUGAGAUGGAAAAUAAUGUCAUGCAAGAUGAGGAUUGAGCAGCUGAAACAAACAAUAUGUAAAGGAAAUGAAGAAAUGAAGAAAAAUUCUGAAGGCCUUCUCAAAAACAAGGAGAAGAACCAGAAGCUUUACAGCCGAGCCCAGCGGCACCAAGAGAAAAAGGAGAAGAUUCAGCGGCACAACCGCAAGCUUGGGGACCUGGUGGAGAAGAAAACCAUUGACUUGAAGAGUCACUACGAGCGGCUGGCGUGUUUGCGAAGGUCCCGCAUCCUAGAGCUCACCUCCGUCAUCUUCCCAAUGGAUGAAGUGAAGACUUCUGUGAGAGAUCCUGCAGACGUGUCUUCAGAGAGUGACAGCGCAAUGACAUCUAGCAUGGUGAGCAAACUUGCUGAGGCCCGGAGGACAACCUACCUCUCUGGAAGAUGGGUCUGUGAUGACCACAACGGUGACACCAGCAUUAGCAUUACAGGCCCUUGGAUUAGCCUCCCAAACAACGGGGACUACUCUGCCUACUACAAUUGGGUAGAAGAGAAGAAAACAACCCAAGGGCCCGACAUGGAACACAACAACCCUGCCUACACUAUCAGUGCCGCGCUGUGCUACGCCACUCAGCUCGUCAACAUUGUGUCUCACAUACUUGAUAUCAAUCUUCCCAAAAAGCUGUGCAACAGUGAGUUCUGUGGAGAAAACCUCAGCAAGCAGAAACUGACGCGCGCGGUGAGGAAACUGAACGCAAACAUCCUUUACCUUUGUUCCUCGCAGCAUGUGAAUUUAGAUCAGCUACAACCUCUGCAUACACUCAGAAACCUAAUGCACUUGGUGAGCCCACACUCGGAGCACCUAGGCAGGUCAGGACCCUUUGAAGUGCGAGCAGACCUUGAGGAGUCCAUGGAAUUUGUGGACCCUGGAGUUGCCGGAGAAUCAGACGUGAGUGGAGACGAGCGAGUGAGCGAUGAGGAGACUGACCUGGGCACAGACUGGGAGAACCUGCCGAGCCCCCGAUUCUGUGACAUCCCUUCCCAGCCAGUGGAAGUUUCCCAGAGCCAGAGUACCCAGGCCUCCCCACCCAUUGCCAGCAGCAGUGCGGGUGGGAUGAUCUCUUCGGCUGCAGCCUCCGUGACCUCCUGGUUUAAAGCUUAUACUGGCCACCGCUAAUGAGUGUCGACCAGAACACACGAGAUCGUUUCCACUGCACUCUGAUAACCUUGUGUGUGUAGUCACCAGAGGGCUAACUAGUGUGAGGACAAGCACAUGUGCCUCUCAGGUGGCCUGUGACGGGGACCAUGCUCAGGGCCUCCUCAGCCCCGGUCCUAGACCUUAGACCCCACAGUGUGCUGCUGGGAUGCCUAGAGACUUCCUGACGUAAGUUCUAGACUCUGUCAGGUCACAAAGAAGUGUUUCUUGGUAGUGAGGAAUGAAAGACAAAAGCCGAGUUUGUUUUUCUGUUAUCUGCCGCAGCUUCGGUCUUCCGGGGGAGGCUGGCAUCGGGUGGUGGUGGCACCUGGAGGGCAGGCGGGGACUCUGCUCUCGCUGUCAUCAUGUAUCACAUUCCUGAUUCUCUGCCACACCAAAGAAACCAUGGUCUUUCUUCCACGAGUGGGGAGUCGUAGCUGCGACGUUUAGAGAUGUCGGGACAGUUUUCUUGUGCUCUUGUUUAAGUCAUUGGCGAUGUCUGUGCUACACGCAUUUAAAGUGGACUUUUCAGAACCACGCCUGUUUGAGCUAAACGCUGCCCAGGCAGCUUGAACUGAUUGAGUGUUCGCUCUCUUGCUGCAGUUUCUUGAAGGGGGGCUAGCCAGUAGCAGGUGUUCUGGGGAACCCCUGCUUGUCGUUGGGGUCUCCGUGGCUCCAGAGGCUGCACAUGACAGAGCACGUGCAGCUGUCCCAGGAAGUGCUCGAGGAAUUUCCUCCAAGAGACCAUUUUAAUGACAAUCUUACAGAAAGUUAUAACGAGAGGCAUUAUAGUAAAACUUGGAAAUAGCCCUUUUUUAUUUUUAAUAACUUCAAAAAAGAGAGAAGUCCUAUGUAACAGACCACAGAAACCUUUUGGAAACCGCCCCUCCCCUGCGGUAGUGCCAUCCCUUCCCGACUGAACUGGUGUGGUGACACCUCAGGCAAGUCCUUCGGCAGUUUGCCGCGCCCUGGCUUCUGUUCACGUCGUCGUUAUGGUUGUUACUCUGCAGACUGAGGUGCUAGUGAGCAUUUGCUGUUGUAGACCUGUAGGAAGCAAGGAGCCCUAUGGUCCUGCUCUAGAUACUCCCUGGGGAGGAGACUGCUUCCCUCCUGCAGGCGUCACUGUUCCAUGCUCAGCUCCAUCACUGUUGGAAUCUGUAGGCUGAGUCUGGAAUGAGCAGAUACCAACUGAGAAAGGACCCGUGAGCUUGAGCCGCACAGAGUGCAGACGUCAUGGACUCAUGCCUACAGCAGCUAGAACGGAUGCGGGAGUGAGGCCUGAUGGGUAUUUGGUCUUAGUGUAAAGUAGAGGCACUUCUGUCACUUUAUGUCACAGUCGAUGACCGCCUAGGCUGCUGAAAUACUCGAGGUUCAUGAUUUUGCACUGGAUCCACCUGUUGUAAAUAUUAAAUACACAUUUCAACCACUGUCGUUCCCCCCCACCCCCCGUACUCUUUGCUGCUCAUUGAAACCUUUGAUGCAGGUGCCAGGACCAUCUGUAAACAGCUUUCAGAAACAAUGGAGCUGGUAUUUUUGUAAACCAAAGCCAUAGAAGUUGGCCGUGUUUUCCAUUUUAAAAUGAUUUAGUGAAACAAGGUAAUACUGCUAGAAACUCAGAGGCACCGCAUAGGCUGCUUUAAUGGUCUUAUAAAAGGCAUUUGCUGUAAGAACAGAACCAAGAGUGUAACUUAACGUAGAGACAGGCAGUCCCCGCGGUAUGGUGGAUGCCAUGGGUGAGGAGUCGGGCGUGCUUUGGGGAAGGGUUGCAGUGUCGGAGCCCCCUUGCUGCACCUGAGACUUCUGCGUCAGGGUGAGCCACACAGACGUUUUCUAAGCUUUUAUUGUAUUCCUGCAAUAAAUCCUUUAACAGUA